AUGUUUAUCCUUUCCUCUAACAGUGCCGAUGGACGUUUUGAGGGCUCUGUCACCAAGGCUGUGGUGAAGUACGAUGGCACCAUCACCUGGACACAGCCCGCUAACUACAAGUCAGCCUGCAUCAUCGAUGUCACCUUCUUCCCCUUUGACCUGCAGAACUGCUCCAUGAAGUUUGGCUCCUGGACCUAUGAUGGCUCACAGGUUGUAGCCUACACAGCAUUGUGAAACAGUCUACAGUAUAUUAAUGACCAUACAGUCUUUAACUGAUGUCAGAAAUGCGUGAAUCUCUUGUUUAUACUUUAGGGAGUUAAAGGGGAGAUACGUCUGUUGAUGUUUAGUCUUUUCUAACCUUUUAUUUACUCAACAGGUUGACAUCCUCCUGGAGGACUUCCAUGUGGACAAGAGGGACUACUUUGACAAUGGUGAAUGGGAGAUAGUGAAAGCGACAGGUAGCCGUGGUCUGAGGAUGGACGGAUCCUGCCACUUCCCCUUCAUCACCUACUCCUUUAUCAUCCGUAGACUGCCGCUCUUCUACACCCUGUUCCUCAUUAUCCCCUGUAUCGGCCUUUCUUUCCUCACCAUCCUGGUCUUCUACCUUCCCUCCAAUGGCGGGGAGAAGAUCUCCCUGUGCACCUCUGUGCUGGUGUCCCUCACCGUCUUCCUUCUCGUGAUCGAGGAGAUCAUUCCGUCCUCCUCCAAGGUCAUCCCUCUGAUCGGGGAGUACCUGGUGUUCACCAUGAUCUUUGUCACGCUCUCCAUCGUCAUCACCGUCUUUGCCAUCAACAUCCACCACCGCUCCUCGUCCACGCACCAUGGCAUGGCGCCCUGGGUGCGCUGUAUCUUCCUGCGCAGGCUGCCCAAGCUGCUGUGUAUGCACAGCCAUGUGGACCGCUAUGCUAACCCUGGCAGGGCCAGGGCAGGACUGGCAGGGAGAGAGUGUGCAGGACUGGCAGGGCGAGAGGGGGCAGUUGGGGGCAUUAUGAAGGGCUCUUCACCAGAGUCCACCCCUCAUCUCUCCUCUAGGAAUAACCUGCAGGCUGCUUUGGACUCUAUCCGCUACAUCACCAUGCAUGUCGUCAAGGAGAACGAGGUCAGAGAGGUAAGAUCCCAUAGAGUUACAGAGAAUCAAUCUGCCCCUGCAGUAUAAAUGCCAAAGUUGGCAUGAGAGAAUAUUGUGUUUGUUUGUUAUGAUUUUAACACAAUUCAAAAUCAAUCCUAAAGUACUGAAUUUAGGUUUUUGAAGUCUUACUGUAAUUCUCUCUAUAUAUUCAUCUUCUCCAUACUGUAUAUUUGUCUCCAUCCUCUGAUUGUCACACGCAACUGCACCUCUGUGUGCAAAGCCCUCCCACCCUGUGUCAACGAGGUCAUGUGUUGGAGUCUGAAGGGCAUGUUUGGUCUCUCUCUCUCCAGGUGGUGCAGGACUGGAAGUUUGUGGCUCAGGUACUGGACCGUGUGUUCCUGUGGACCUUCCUCCUGGUCUCAGUUCUGGGCUCUGCUCUACUCUUCAUUCCUGUCAUCUACAAAUGGGCCAACAUCAUCGUCCCCAACCUUGCAGGCAGCAGCGGAUAA